GUAUUUUGAUUAUCUUCAAUACUUACUUCAAAAGUAAUAUGACUUUCAGUAAAUUGCCGAUAUAAUGAAAUUUUCACAGAUUGCAACAUUGUAGAAUGGCUGUAACUGUCACUCGGGGGUCAUUUGGCUUUUCACAUUCGGCGAAAAAACGACAAUACAUAAAACCAAUAUGCAGGAUACAGCUGAAUACUGCAAACUAAAUAUAUAGUUUGUCUAUCGGUAUCCGGUAGUAGCCUACUUUCCACAUCACGAUCAUUCGUCUAAUCGGGUUCUCGCUAUUGAAUUGUGUCAUGUGAGCUUAAUUAUACCGAUUAUUCUCAGUUUUUGGAAGUGUUUUGAAGCAUCUCCCUUGGCUAUACUCUGAAACAACCACUUUGAUGCGAAAAGCCAGUGAGUUCGAAGGAAUAUAAGUAUUUCUUAUUUAAGAUGCUCUCUCGAAUUUACUACAUGUAAAAACAAACGAAAAUGGUAAUUGAAAUUCAAAAGUACGUAGGGAGUUACAGUUCUUUUGGGUGGAUAAGACACCCCCAGAUUCCGCACAAGAUUAUGCUGUGCCAAACUCUCAAAGAAGUUAUCAGCAUGACUACAAUGUCAGCAUAGUUAUAGUCAUGUUUGUAUCUUAUAUUAAUUUAGUUGCGGUUGGUCCAAUAAGCCACACAAAGCCUUUUUCGUCAUGUUAUAUGUGGUAAUUAGGUAUAAGACAUCUAAAAAAUAUUUGAGCCUUUCGAAGUCCAAUCUAUACGUUAAAGUUGCGGGAGAAGUCCUUUAGCAAGUUCGUUUGCCAAAGUCAAGUCACGCUAAUAGCAGGAAAGAUAAAAGAAAGCCUGGUUGGCUCAUGCAUUUGAAUAUUACCGAUAAAAGAUCAGAGCUUAUUAUUGCUAUAAUAUUAAUAUGGUAUUCUGACAAAAAACGACAAAACUACAAAAUCAGUGAAGUUGUGAGAUAAAUUUCGACCAAUUCAAAUCGCAAAUGAAAUUAUUGUUUUGUUGCAUAAUUUAUACAAGUUGUGAUGAGACAUAAAUUGCUGAAAACACAUCUAAUUAUAUAUAUUGACGGAAUUUGUGUUUAUUUAUUAUGUAGAUAACUUACGCAUAUCCAGUAGUUCACGUAAACAUUAUUUAGAGAAUACAGUAACGAUGUUCAAGUGUUUGUUGUUGUCGGUGUACGUCUGUUUGAUUGUUGGAAUUUCUGUUAAAGCAUGCGAUGACAAGGACAUUGAAUGUCCGGACUGGAAGAUAUUUUGUGGAGACAACGAGUUUGUGGACAAAACUUGCAAAAGAACUUGUGGAAACUGCCCAACCACAACAACAACAGGUGGCUCAUGUGUUGACAAAGACGAUAAAUGUCCCGCAUGGAAAUUGUUUUGCGGAAGUGGUAACGUUUACGUCGACACUAAUUGUAAAAAGACAUGCGAUGCCUGCCCAACAACUGGAGAAGGUGGUGGGGGAGGCGGAGGGGGAAGUGGAAGUAACACGUGGUCUUCAUGCUCAAAAACAUGCGGUAUGGGAACGAGGUUUAAAGAGACGUGUCAAAGCGGCAAUUGUUCAAAAGAAUGGGAAGCAUGCGAGAUACAAGACUGCCCAGAAGCAUCUUGCGGGAAUAAUGAAAGAAAACGAAAUGGAAUGCCGCAUGCCUGUUGCACUAUAGAUUCAUAUUCAUCAGAGUGUGGAAAACAAUUCAUCAACACACAAAGAGUGAUAAAAGGAGAUCCUGCAAUAUUCAAAAAAUAUCCUUGGAUUGUGGCAAUCAAUGCAACUGGAGCAUUUAUUUCAAGCGAGCAUUACUGCGCUGGAUCCUUAGUGUCUAUAAAGCACGUUGUUACAGCAGCCCAUUGUCUUGCAAAUCCGGAGACCGGAAUAGCGUAUCCGUUAAAUUCGUUUGUGCUCAGUUUUGGACUCCUACGACUAAAUGAUUCUCCAAUGGCCAUCAGAACGGUGAAACGAGUUCAUUUCAGGCCACUAACAACAAAUAAUAUCAACGGCAAAGUAUUCGACUAUCCUCGUGAUGAUAUAGCCGUUAUUGAGCUUUCGCAAUCGGUGACAAAAUCCUCCAGUAUUUAUCCCAUCUGUCUUCCGCACGGGGAAAUCACUCCCAAAGAUACAACAGGAUUUGUUGCAGGCUGGGGAAUAGAUUCGGCGAAUGGAAUACUCAGCCUAACUCAUUUACAGGAAGCUGCUGUUCAAAAUUUGGAUGUUGACAUUUGUCGUGCUGGUUAUGCAAAAUAUAGCUCAUUAAUGCCUAAUGAAGCCAGUUUUUCGAAAACCAGUAAGGAUAUAUUGUGUGCGGGAAGCAUUCAUGAAAUAGUAAAUACCUGUCGGGGUGACAGUGGCGGACCUUUGGUGUUCCAAAGAUGUGAAAGCUGUAGUUGGUAUUUGGCUGGAAUUGUGUCUUUUGGUCAUCCAGAUUGCACAAAAAAAAUACCCGGCGCUUACACAAAAGUUUUGAACUACGAGGAUUGGAUAAGAGGAAUUAUUAAGGAAGAACCUGAUAGUUUUUAUUGUUCUAGAAAUGUCGGGCCUUAAAAUUUUAUCUUAGCUUAUAUCUUACCUUGGGACAGAAAUAAUCUAGAUAUUAAUUGAGGCUUCUUUGUAAUAGUACUAGUGAAAUGUUUUCAUGAUAUCUUGAAAUAAAGAUACCACAUCAUCAAUAACUUCACUAUGCGUAUAUAUUUAUAUAUAUAUAUAUACAUAUACAAUACAAUUAGGGUAUUCAUCGAAAACAACUACACAUAGUUGAUAGACCGUAAUCCAAUAGUUUGGAGCUAUAACAUUGCUAGCCACGUGAACCUGCUUAAAUUUCAAAAUUUGCAGUAAGUACGUAUUCAACUCUACUCUCUGUAUCACACAAUUUUAC